CAGCACAGAGUAUAGAGCAGGUGGGGGCUGCACAGCACAGAGUAUAGAGCAGGUGGGGGCGCAGGGGAGUGGAUACUAACAGCCCAGCUGUAACAUUCAGCCCAUCGGACGGACUCAAGCAGCUCGGUGUCUGGCAGAUCAGGCUUCGGAUCAUUAGUUCCCGGCCGAGGGGGCAGCGGAACUGGGAGAUGUUUCCGUCUGGAUAUGGAACUCCCUAUGUGAUGUCACCGACGCGUAGGGUUAAAUCUGGGAAUACCGAGUGCCUUGGACCUCUGCCUGAGCUGCAAUGAAGAUCUGAGAGACCAUGGAGAACCUGUCCUGGUUUGGCCCCCCCAACUCUUCCUGCCACCCCGCAGGAAACUUCUGCCAUGCUAAUACGUCCCACCACGGCAGCUCAGAGAUGUCCCCUGACUUCUACAUCGUCCUCCCUAUCAUCUACGCCAUCAUCUGUGUGGUGGGCUUGACGGGAAACACCGCCGUCAUCUACGUCAUCCUCAAGGCCCCCAAAAUGAAGACGGUCACCAACCUCUUCAUCCUCAACUUGGCCAUAGCCGACGACCUGUUCACCUUGGUUCUUCCCAUCAACAUUGCGGAAAUCCUGCUCCAUUAUUGGCCUUUCGGUGUUGUCCUGUGCAAGGUGAUCUUGUCCAUCGAUCUGUACAACAUCUUCUCCAGCAUUUAUUUCCUGACUGUCAUGAGCAUCGACCGCUAUCUGGUGGUUCUGGCCACCGUCAGGUCCAAGAGGAUGCCUUAUCGCACGUAUCGAGCCGCCAAAGUCAUCAGCCUUUUGGUGUGGCUGCUGGUCAUAAUUAUUGUGUUGCCUUUUACCAUAUUUGCCGGAGUAUACAUGGAUGACAUGGACUUCAAAAGCUGUGGCUUGAAUUUCCCCAAACCGGAGAAGCUGUGGUUCAAGGCGAGUCGCAUCUACACGUUGUUGUUGGGCUUUGCCAUCCCCGUGUCCACCAUCUGCGUCCUCUACAUGGUCAUGUUGUACAAACUGCGCAAUAUGAGGCUCAACUCAAACGCCAAGGCGUUGGACAAGGCAAAGAAAAGGGUCACCGUCAUGGUUUUUGUCGUGGUAGCCGUUUGCCUCUUCUGUUGGACCCCCUUUCACUUGGCCACCAUUGUCUCUUUGACCACAGACUUGCAGGAGACGUCUCUGGUCAUCGGCAUCUCCUACUUCAUCACCAGCUUGAGCUACGCCAACUCUUGCCUCAACCCAUUCCUUUACGCCUUUCUGGACGACAGCUUUAGAAAGAGCUUCCGGAAACUCUUGGAGUGUAAGCCUGCCUGAGUACAGCCUUGGUCGUGGACAUCCAUAGAACCCCGUGUUGGUUCUAGAACGUCUACAUGACCUUCAGACAAUGGGAUUGCUCCAUUUGAGAACUGGACAGUCAACAUAACUCAAUAUAAAUGACAUUGGCCGUGUAGAACUUGAGGUCAUAAAACUUGGAGAAUGUUGAUCAGUUUAUUUGCUGUGACGACUUGCUAUUAUGGGACCACCUAGGUGUAUAUGGGACCCCUGGGCAAUCCAGUCAAGGUAUUUAUAAGACCGUCCAGUCUCUCUCAAAUGUGCUCCUUCCUCCAGCCGUCUCAGCUAAUGACCUUGUGUCGGACUCGUAGUGUAAUUAUUUGUCGUUCAGUAUUUUUGUUACUAUGGAGCCCAAAAUGUUGCGUUACUCAAUGGAGGAUGCUGGGAAGUUGGGUCUUAACUGUCUCCAUUCCAGCUGUGAUGACUAGUCCAUGAAUGUUUGAGGUAGAACCAAUGUUUCUCAUGUUUGUAUGGAUUAUUUCAGUUGAGUUAGACUUGGGACCACCCAAUAAGAACCCACCACAGGGGUUGCCUUCUCCAGUGUAGUCAGAAUUAUCCCAGAGGGCUAUGCCAGUUUCCUCUGCAGAUAUCUAGACAAGUGUAACCUCAUCAUUCCCAAACUGAGGGGCUGCCCUCCCCCCAGAGUGCUUACAGGGGGGUCCAUCAUAAAGUCCGGUGGGAUUUUGGGAGAAUGUCCCUGUGCUUUUCUCCAUAGACCUGAAAGUCAUUGAGGCUGAUUUGUAGGGUCAACACUUUUUUGGUCUCCUAGAUAUUUUUAGACCUAUGGUUGAGUUGCUGAAACACCUAUAUGUGGGAUUGUUAAGGGGGGGCCCUAACCAAAGGUGGGGCCUUCAUGGGGCCCCAAGUCAGUGGGGCCCGGAGUCAAUGGGGCCCUGAUGGCUGUUCUAACUGGGGAUAAUGGCGCAGCUUUACAUUUUCCUGACAAACUCACUCAUAUCAAAGGUUUUCUAUGCAGAGAUUCCACCAGUCAGGGUGUGGGGUGUUGGCGCCCCCUAGUGCACAGUUAGAGAAGGACAAUGUAAUGCUAAUAAUUCCCAAUAUUGACCUGUCCGACAACAUAAUGGAGAUGUGUGGGUGAGAAGCCAGACUGGAAUUAGUAGCCUUUGGGCUGAGGAGCCCAGAACAUUGUGUCCCCCGAGCCCCCGUGAAUGCGCUGCAUCUGUCGCAUUGCGUCCCAGGCAAUAAAACUGAUUGGCUGCUGUGGGUUCCCCAUAACCAAGUCAAGUCCCAUAAAUAAUUCCCUUCCCUGUCUCCCAUCUGUCCCCACAGCCUGUGCCAGACGGACGCUGCUAUUGGCCACAGGGAUGAACGGAAGCCAAUGCGGCUGCACCAUAAGUCGGUUACACCGGCAACGAACAGAGGGGUAGAUUUAUUUAAAGGGCAAGUAAACAGGACUUGUGUUGAAAAUA